AUGUAUUUGAGGGCUAAAAAUGGGGAUCUCCGUGUUAGGACUUGGAGGGCCAACAGGGAUGGUGGCAUCGGUGGCCAUGAGUCUUCAUCUGAGUGGAAUUAUAGUGGUGGUUCUGGAAAUUAUAAGUACUUUUCUGCGUUUCUGAAGGGAGAUGAUAGCAAGUUGAUGCACAGAAGCAGCAAUAAUGGGAGCAAAGUGAAGCCUCAGUCAGUUAUGGAAGCUAUAUUUCUUGCCACCAAUGGCCAGCCUUUUGAGGUGGCUUAUUACCCACGAACAAGCACGCCAAAAGUGCUGCGAUGA